UGUAAAGAUGGGUGAACGUAAAGGCCAGAAUAAAUAUUAUCCACCGGAUUAUGAUCCACGAAAAGGUGGUCUUAAUAAAUUCCAGGGCACUCAUGCCUUACGGGAACGAGCUCGUAAAAUUCAUCUGGGCAUCAUCAUAAUUCGUUUUGAGAUGCCCUAUAACAUUUGGUGUGAUGGCUGUAAAAAUCACAUUGGAAUGGGUGUGAGAUACAAUGCUGAAAAGACCAAAGUCGGCAUGUACUAUUCCACACCAAUUUACAAAUUUCGCAUGAAGUGUCAUUUGUGCGACAAUCACUUUGAAAUACAAACAGAUCCUGGCAACUUAGAUUAUGUGAUAUUAUCGGGAGCACGUAGACAAGAGAAUCGCUGGGAUCCAACACAAAAUGAACAAGUAGUGCCGGAAACCAAAGAAGUACAAAAACGUUUAUUUGACGAUGCCAUGUACAAAUUGGAACACCAGGCGAAGGAUAUAGUUGCGGGGGAAAAGGCCAAGCCAAUAUUGGAGAAAUUGAUCGAUCGCAAUAAGACUCUGUGGAAUGAUUGCUACGAAGCAAACUGCAAAUUAAGAUCUGAGUUUAGGAACAAGAAAAAGGAACUGAAAGCUCUUAAGGAAAUUGAUGAUAAACUUUUGGCGAAAAGCAGUUUAGAAAUUGAUUUGUUACCCGAAUCCCAACAAGAUCGUCAAAUGGCUUCUCUAAUGAAACUACAAAGUAAAUCUGCUUAUGAACGUGAAGAAGAAAGACGUCUAGACAUUCUAAUGAAACCUGCCUUACCUAGUGCCACACAAACCACCUUCGGUGGUUUAAAAAGACAAAAAGCAUUAAAUUCCCAGUUGCAAUACGAACAAUUGGGUAUAAAAAGAAAGCUUACCUCAUCCGAAACUCAAACAAGCAAAUUAGAAGAUGAAAGUGGGUCUGAAAAAAUACCAAAAUCAACUACGAAAGAUAUACAUGAAGAGGAUGAAACAAUUUGUCGUGAAAAAUCUGAUUCGGUAUUGGUUGAUGAAAGUCGGCCUGAAAUAAAUGAAAACGAUGAUAUGAAAGAUAUAACAGAAAAAGAUACAACUAUCUGUCAAGAAAAGUCCGAUCCGGUAUUAGUUGAUUUACCCAAAAGUUUAGCCUUAGUAUGUGAUUAUGCCAGCUCAAAUUCCCCAUCCUCGUCGUCAUCACAACAUUCGGAUAAUGAUGCUGAUUGA